AUGACAUAUCCCUGGAUUACCACACCCCAGAGGACUACAAAUCCCAGAAGCUGGUAUCUGGGGAAAACAACAACUUUAGCCCCGGACGAACCCUAUGAUGAUCCCGAGAAGCAGAUAGAGGCGGAGACUGAGGGCAAGGAGGCAGCAAUUGAGGGAGGGUGGGCGGGCCUGGAGGUGGGUGGAGAGGGCGGGUGGGCAGGCCUGGAGGCGGAUGGAGGAAAGCUGCUGAAGGACACGGAGCUGCUGUUUUUGGACGCUCACCCGAGAGUGCUGUUCACCCCGUCCUCCUCUCCCCCAAAACACCCCCCUCUCCUGCUCAUGCUGGAAGCGGGGCUGGUGGCUGCAGUCGGAGAGAGGGACAGACGGCAGGAGGAGCAGGGGGAGGAUGAGGAGGAUGAGGGCGGCGGGGCCCUGAUGGGGAGGGAGGACCCUAAACCCCGCCCCAGGCGAGCCAGCCCGGCCUACGACCGCAGAGGGGAGCGAUCGGUGUGCGAGGUGGCCAACGAGUGGGUCACGGACAAGAAGACGGCCAUCGACAUCCGGGGGAACACGGUCACGGUGCUGCCGGAGAUCCAGACGCCCCGGGGCCCGCUCAAGCAGUACUUCUUCGAGACCAAAUGCCGGCCGCCGGACGCCCGGGGCACGGGGGGGUCGGGCCUGUCGGGGCGGGACUGCGUAGGGGUGGAUAAGAAGCACUGGGUCAGCGAGUGCAAGGCCAAGCAGUCCUACGUCAGGGCCCUCACCACGCACCCCCAGAAGGGUGUGGGCUGGAGGUGGAUCCGCAUCGACUCCUCCUGCGUGUGCGUGCUGCAGGCCAGGGUGCCCCGGAGCUAGGGAGGGGGAGGGAUACUGCAGGCUAGGGUGACCAGACAUUUUUUAUGGGCAGUGUUCCGUUUAAAGAGGAAUGUACGGACAGGGAAGCCAUUUCGCCACGCUGUAGCCAAUCACACGCAGAGCAGCACAGCUGUAGCCAAUCACACGCAGAGCAGCACAGCUGUAGCCAAUCACACACAGAGCAGCACAGCUGUAGCCAAUCACACACAGACCAGCACGGCUGUAGCCAAUCACACGCAGAGCAGCACGGCUGUAGACAAUCACACACAGAGCAGCACGGCUGUAGCCAGUCACACCCAGAGCAGCACGGCUGUAGCCAAUCACACUCAGUGAAGGGAAGUUCAUUGUGCAAUCCAGAAAGAUUGAAUAGAUGAGCUAUAUUAGCCCUUUCCAUUAGCAAACUGCUGCAUUUGUUCCGAGAGGCCCCCGCCCGUUGGCUUACCUCAGCUUCUCCUACCUGCUAGGCCCAAGCAAAAGCUCAGAUUAGCGUCUAAACCCUCGGGCCAGUCACCUGUCCACAGUUGGGCCCCCAAGGGGUGUCACUGUGACUUGAAAUCCUGCGCACAAUGAGGCCCGUGGGGAGGGAAGGGCUGAAAGCACUCGGGCUCAUUCCAAUCACUGAUUUGUCACCUCGUUAAACUUUUCCU